UUAAACAGUGUCAGUGGAUCAUGGAUGAAGAAUACGAUGUUAUUGUGCUAGGUACCGGCCUUUCCGAGUGUAUCCUGUCUGGUCUUCUUUCUGUUGAAGGCAAAAAGGUUCUUCAUAUGGAUCGCAACGACUACUAUGGUGGUGAAAGUGCUAGUCUGAAUCUGAGUCAGCUUUACCGUAAGUUUAGAAACGGUAUGGCUCCUCCACAGCAGUUUGGUCGUGACCGUGACUACAACGUUGAUCUGAUUCCCAAGUUUGCCAUGGCAUCAGGCGAAUUUGUCAACAUUCUCUACCAUACCGAUGUGACUCGCUACCUUGAAUUCCGUCAGAUUGCCGUCAGUUAUGUCUAUCGUGAUGGAAAGAUCUCCAAAGUACCUUCUAAUCAGCAAGAGGCACUUACUUCUUCCCUUAUGGGUCUCUUUGAGAAGCGUCGUGUUAAAUCGUUCUUUGAGUUUAUUCAAGGCUACGACUUUAACGAUCCAAAGACUCAUCAAGGUCUGGAUCUUAACAAGGUCACCAUGGUGGAGGUUUACAAAAAGUUUGGUCUUGAGCCAGGUACCCAGGACUUUGUUGGUCAUGCACUUGCCCUGCAUUUGGACGAUACCUACAUGACUGCUCCUGCUCGCGACACUUAUGAGCGUAUCUGCUUGUAUAUGAAUUCGAUGGCUCGAUAUGGAAAGUCGCCUUACAUUUAUCCUCUAUAUGGACUCGGUGAGCUCCCUCAAGGCUUUGCUAGACUCAGUGCCAUUUAUGGAGGUACUUAUAUGCUCCAAAAAAACAUUGACGAGAUUGUCAUGGAGAAUGGCAAGUUUGUUGGGGUCAAGAGCGAUGGUGAGGUGGUCAAGGCCAAGGCUGUUAUUGGAGAUCCAUCCUAUUUCCCCAACCAUACCAAAAAGACUGGAUCUGUUGUGCGAGUGAUUUGCAUUCUCAACCAUCCAAUUCCCAACACGGGCGAUGCUGAUUCUGUUCAAUUGGUGAUUCCGCAAAACCAAGUUCACCGCAAACACGACGUCUAUGUUGCAUCUGUAUCUGCAGCCCACAGUGUCUGUGCCAAGGACUUUUUUGUUGCAAUUGUAUCUACACUGGUUGAAACAGAUAAUCCAGAAAAGGAGUGCGAGGCAGGUUUAGCACUUCUUGGUCCUAUUCUGGAAAAGUUUGUUGAUGUAAAGGAUAUUUUUGAGCCCAUCAGUGAUGGCACUGCUGAUUCGAUUUUUGUCAGUAAAAGCUAUGAUGCUACAUCUCACUUUGAAACCACCUGUGCAGAUGUCAAGAGCAUCUACAAGCGUCUGACUGGCAACGAAUUGAAGGUUGAAGGCAAGGUGAAGAAACUGGACGAGGAAGGUCAAGCUCAGUAAACAGAUGGAGUUUACCUGAUCUACUCAUAUCUAUCAAUUUUUUGAAAGUCGGUUCUUUCGUAUGAUUUCCCUUUUAACAGUAUGAGCUUUGAUGGAAAACAAUAAAGCAGUUGUCAUGUUCUAAU